GUCACGUGAAGAACUCCAUUUGGCUUAGUUUAGGUGCUAGUGAAGUGAGUGAGCGAGCAAGUGAGGCUCCGCAGCCACUUUCCCAACCCAAAACCUCUCUUCAGCCCAUAACCAUCAUGUAUCUCCCCCGCCACCACAUCCUCACCAGACUCUCCCCUUACCGCCGUCACUUCUCCCACUCCGCCGCCGCCGUCCUCCGCCCCCCGGAGCCGGAGCCCCUCACCUACCUCGACGGCUUCCCUCGCCCCGAUCCCAAGCACGACGAGACCAUCCUCGCCGUCCCCCGCGCCGACUCCGGCAAGAACAUCUCCGCGAAGGAGCGCCGCGCAGGGCGCCUGCCGAGCAUCGUGUUCGAGCAGGAAGACGGCCAGCACGGCGGCAACAAGCGCCUAAUCUCCGUUCGCACCGACCAGAUCAGAAAACUCGUCAACCACCUCGGCCGCUCCUUCUUCCUCUCCCGCCUCUUCCUCCUCGAAGUUCGCUCCGGCUUCGACUCCGAAAACGACGUCGUCGAGACCGUUCGCGUCUUACCCCGCGCGAUUCAUUUGAAAGCUGGGACGGAUGCGCCGUUGAAUGUGACUUUUAUUAGGGCUCCGUCGGAUGCUUUGUUGAAAGUUGAUGUUCCUCUUGUCUUCAGAGGAGAAGAUGUAUCGCCUGGACUCAAGAAAGGUGCUUCUUUGAAUACCAUCAAAAGGACUGUCAAGUACUUAUGCCCUGCUGACAUUAUUCCUCCAUAUAUUGACGUUGAUCUAAGUGAGUUGGAUGUGGGCCAGAAGUUGGUCAUGGGAGAUCUCAAAGUUCAUCCUGCUUUAAAACUUCUUCAGCCAAGAGAUGAAGCCGUUGUUAAAAUUAUGGGCCAAAGAGUUUCUGAACUACAAAAGAAAAAGUAACUGCUUUUUGUAUCUUUGGGGGUUAUUGCUGCUGCACUGAAGCAUUUUACAGCUAACAUGUAUCGUUAAUGGUCAUUUUAUUAGUUGAUUCAUGGCAGCAGUGAGGGACACAGUUGUAGAAUUCCAAUGUUAGUCUUUUUGUUAGCUUCCUUUUCUGUGCCUAUUCAGUUCCUUCUCAUAUUUCAAUUCUUUGAUUCUGCCGUUUCUUUUGGCAAAAAUGAAUACCUAGGGGAUGAGAAUAGGAAGUUGAUGAGUUGAGUUUAUGUAUGCAAUAUCGAUUGUUCUGUUUUGGGUCAUUGGGUACAAGCAGAGAGGGUUACUACCACUGAUGUCCUCAUGUCCUUGAUAAAUAAAUACUUCACUCCGCCUUUCUAGGACUCCAGUUUGAAUUUAAAGUAUCUGACAUUUAAUUUAUGAAGUUAUAAAUUUAUUUACAUUUAGUCAA